ACAGGCUGAGCAGAUUUCCUGAAAGCCACUCCUCUCCACGACAUGAAUAUUAAUACCAAGGGAGGUGGGGAGAGCAAUGUGCAGCUCUUAAACCCACGCCCAAGAAGCACCACACACCGACUCUCUCCCUUUGAGAAUUAACAACCAAAACGCCAAAAUGUCUGACAAACCCGAUCUGGCAGAAAUUGAAGGCUUUGACAAGGCCAAACUGAAAAAGACAGAGACGAAAGAAAAGAACCCCCUGCCUACGAAGGAGACGAUUGAGCAGGAAAAGAAAGGAGAAAGCGCCUCCUGAUGAAGAAGCAGGAGAGACGUUUAUUUCCAUUUGGAAGAUGGCUCUUCGUUUUGACCGUUAAUUGAUUUCUUUACUUUUGAGAAAGAAAGGCUCUCUCCUCCAGGAGAGGCAGCAAUCCAAACUGAAUGGGUAGACUACGACAACGAGACUGUCACGCGAUAUUCUGGAUCGUUUGUUUCAGAGGAAUGUAACACACCUUGGUUUUCCUAUGGUUUCCGGUAAUGCUUUAAAAAAUUAAAUUAAUUUUAAACAAAA